CCGAAGGCGUAUGAAUUUAAGGCUUUGUCGGGUUGGUGCUCGCUCAGUCAGCUCGAGCAGCGGCGACGCACGCAUUUCAAGAAAUCGGCUUUUCCUCUCGUGAGCGCACGGUAUGCAGAGUGGUGCCACGAUGAAGACUGUGGGAGCGUUGUUGCUCAUUGCAACGAUUGUUUCUUGUGAGGUGACUGCGAAAUUCAGCGAGUGCUCAUUCCCCGGCUUCGACCUGGAAGUAGCACUGGACGAGUUCCUUCAGCGACUGCCCGCGUCCUACGAGAUACCGAACUCCGAAAGCGAUGGGAUGCUGCCGGGACUGGCUUUCGGCAAUAUUUACUUGCUAGGUCUAUCCACACUGGAGGUACGCGGUGCGCCUCGGCCCUUUUGCAGAAAGGGUUCGCCAAUGCUCGAAGUCUCCCUGAGCAAUCGGGCAGCGCUGCGUUUCAUCGUACCGUGGAGGUACUGCUCCACACUCUCGGGCAAGCUGUCGACAACUUCAAGCUACGUGACACUGAACGCAUUGUUCGAGGUCGGUGAGGACAAGCUGGCGCCAAUCGACGUGUGGCUCACGUGGCUGGAAGGAACGUACGUCUUGCUUGACGGUGCUCCGGAACCUCUCAACAUGGCCGUCGCUAUACUGAGCAAGCUGGCGCCGGCUGUCGUCAGAGACUUCCGGGUUGAAGAGACAGCCUGGCGCUCGAAAGACGUUUUCAAGGAUGUGGCGACCAGUGGGAAGAACUGAACGAGCGGCGCUUUCACCCAGCCCUGCUGCGAUUACUUGAAACACCCGACAGCUGUCUCUGAUGAUGACGAUGACCUAAACACUCCUUCGACCACCAUAUUUUUUUUAAUUUCUGGCGCUCACUUUCUUUUCGUUUUAACACAACUGUUGCGGUUCCAAUAAAACAUAAAUCCUUA